UCUGUCACAUAAACCUUGCCUUGUGCACAGCUGUUUGGCCAUUGACCAGAAUUAAUGCGGAGUAUUUUCGUGUAUACAAACUGACAAUAUUUGGAUAGACAGCAUAAAACGUUUUAUCGGAGGAGGGCAGACUGCUGGACGAGAUACAGAUAUGAUGCUGUGUAGCCUGAUAGCCACUCUUGCUUUCUCACCUACACACUGAAGCUCUGGACUGGCAUCUCAACAUAAAUACUGCUCACAUAGUGGAUGUGUUACAUUGGCUGUGAUCUAUUCGUGCUUAUAGAUCUUCGUCCUAAUAAGGAUCAACAAGCUGUACAGAUAAAGUCUUUUUGAGUGGUGGGCAGUAUUUAAGAUGUACUCGCCACAGAGGAAGGACUUUGUCUCUUUGACACUGGGAGACCAGCAUAGCUACACCAACGGCAAGCACCGCAGACAGUCCUGCUGGAGGAAAUGGAAGCAGCUGUCUCGACUUCAGCGCAGUCUCGUUCUUUUCCUGCUGGCCUUCCUCUUCAUCUGUGGGAUUCUGUCGUACCCCAGUCUUACGGAGCAGUGGAGAGGUUUCUCUGAUAGAUCAGUGAAGGAGGAUUGGGUAGAGAUGGAUAACAGAGGUCUCAGGCCCAUCCCGCCUGGCCUUGUCCCAAAAUUCCCAGUGGUGCCUGUCGCUGGGGUCAUCCAGGAUUUCCCGCUGGAAGUACUGCCGGAGCUUCAAAGACCAAGUGUUCCAAUCCUCCCCAAACCUCCAGCCAUGAGGAAGCCCCCCAGCAAACGUGGCCCUCCAGCCCUACAGAAGCGAGGGAACAUGACAGACUGGCAGGUGAAAGACAAAGAAGAGCCUGUGGCCAAGAAAGACGAAGAGGAAGGAAAAGAAGCGAAAACAGUCAUUAGCUGGCGUGGGGCGAUGAUAGAGGAAGAGCAGGGGACGGAUAUUCAGCCCACUGCUCGUGGAAAAGAGGCAGCAACACCAGCUGAUUCCGAGGAGGCUGCCCCGUUAAAACCAGUUACAGUUAAACCUGUGGAUCGUGUAGAGGCAGUGCGAGAGGCUUUCAGGCAUGCGUGGAAAGGCUAUAAGGCAUUUGCAUGGGGCCAUGAUGAACUGAAGCCCAUCUCUAAGACUCAUGGAGAGUGGUUCGGCCUGGGUCUCACUCUGAUAGAUGCACUGGACACUAUGUGGAUACUGGGCCUGAAGGACGAGUUUGAAGAAGCAAGAAAAUGGGUCGAGACAGAAUUAUCCUUUUCCAAGAAUGUGGAUGUAAAUCUUUUUGAAAGUACCAUCCGUAUUUUAGGGGGUCUCUUGAGCACAUACAACCUGACUGGAGACAUUCUGUUUCUGGACAAAGCUAAAGACAUUGGCUCCAGAUUAAUGCCUGCCUUUAAGACCCCGUCAAAAAUCCCCUUCUCUGACGUAAACAUUGGUAAAGGAACGGCUCACCCUCCACGCUGGACCACAGACAGCACUGUCGCAGAAGUCACCAGCAUUCAGCUUGAAUUCAGAGAGCUCAGCAGACUUACUCAUGACCCACAGUACCAGACAGCAGUGGAGGAGGUGACAAGACAGGUACACAAGUUGGAAGGAAAGCAUGAUGGUCUGGUGCCCAUGUUCAUCAACACCAACAGUGGGAAGUUCACGCGCCGAGGAGCCUUCACGCUGGGGGCCCGUGCCGACAGUUACUAUGAGUACCUGCUGAAACAGUGGCUACAGGGCGGCAAGAAAGAGACCGAGCUGCUCGAGGACUAUAUUCAGGCUAUAGAGGGCGUCAAAAAGAAUCUCUUGAGACAAACGUCUCUUAGUAAACUGACCUUUAUAGGGGAGCUUUCCAAUGGCCGUCUCAGCCCCAAGAUGGAUCAUUUAGUGUGUUUUCUGCCUGGCACGCUGGCUCUCGGUGCUCAUAAUGGUCUGCCUGCUGAUCACAUGGAUCUGGCCCUGCAGUUGAUGGAGACUUGUCAUCAGAUGUAUGUGCAGAUGGAGACAGGCUUGAGCCCUGAGAUCGCUCACUUUAACUUGCAGUACCACAACGGACGAGAUAUAGAUGUAAAGCCUGCAGACAGACACAACUUACUAAGGCCUGAGACUGUGGAGAGUCUAUUCUACAUGUACAGAUUCACCAAGGACAGCAAAUACAGGGACUGGGGCUGGGACAUCUUGCAGAGUUUUAACAAGCACACUAGAGUCCCCAGUGGGGGCUACACCUCCAUAGGUAACGUCCGUGACCCAGUGAACCCCGCACCUAGAGAUAAGAUGGAGAGCUUCUUCCUUGGAGAGACGCUGAAGUAUCUCUUCCUCCUGUUCUCCGACGACACAGAGUUGAUCAGUCUGGACAAGUAUGUGUUUAACACUGAGGCCCAUCCACUCCCUAUAUGGCCCUCUACAUCCUGACGAGAGAGACUGGACUCAUAAUGGUCCUGAUGAAGACCUUAACAAGGAAUGAUGCUAGCUUGCAAAGAAAGUGACUCCUCAGAGGUUUUGUAUUAGAUUCUUAUAGUGGGAAGCUCUGCAGAGUUGAUUCUGUUCUGAAUAGAGGUGGUGAGUUAUGAACUGACCUUUAACUGUGCACUGAGGUUUUUUAGAAAAUGGUGAGACUUUUUUUCUCAUCUAGUGGGGUUGCACAAGAACAGAUUUGGUGGUGGUAUCACAGACUUUUGGUGGCGAAAAGCUUGGGGUGUCACAAAAUCAUGUUCUUUAAAGACAAGUUGAAUUAUCUCAAACAGUGUGUCAACUUUCAUUUUUCACUUUGUAUUUAACAAGAAUUCACUUAUUUAUGAACUCAUGGGACGACUGCAAAGAUACUUUUGCACGUUGGACAAGUUAUUCAGAUUCUCAAAACACUUGGAGGAUGCAUCAGUUUUUAGAUGUCUUAUCUUCCAUCUAUGGGACGGAAACAUUAGUGUCACAGCUUCGUAUCACAAUGCAGAUUGCUGAAUUCACACAUUUCACACAGUGAAAAAUGCCAAGCAUUUUGUCAAAUGAAGACUUUAAUUUAAGAUUUAGCUUUCUGUAUGAGUAGAUGGAUGCUCUUGAUUCAAAUGCCUUGCUUUAUGUUUGCAAGCUGUUAUGAAGGGACACUGCAAAUCAAUUUCUGUUGCCCUUUUGCAAGAGACAAGAUGCAUUUGGGACCAGUUUGAGCUCUUCCAGUUCUUCUUUGGAUUUAUUUGUGUUUUUUGUGGCUUGUUUGAAGCCCUGCGGGAUUGUGUAUUUUUCUGUUAUUUAAGUUAACUUUAGUGAAUAUUCUGAAGACUACCUGAAGAAUUGCUGCAUUGUAGAUUUGUCAUCAACAGAUUUUGGAGGCUGUUCCACAGAAACUGGAUGCUGUGACGCUGCAUUUAGUUCAAACUGAGAUCAAAUGUGUAUAUAUGUUAUUGUCCUAAUUCAGAUUUCACAAAUAAUUAAAAGCUCAACUAAUUGAAAAUGUUGCUUGAAGGAUAAACUUCCGGAUGUCAUAUCGGAGCAGUGUUGAUCUAUAUCCACACACUGCCAUCUGUUGCAAAAAUGUAAGACGAUUGUAAACCGGUUUGCAGAGUUUGAGUCAUACGACAAAUGCUUAUUUCUUUGAGUGGUCAGAUUUUUGGGUAACAUUUUACAGUAAGGUUAAAGGUUAAGAUUAACAAUGAAUAAUACUGAACAAUACUUUAAGAGCAUGUUUUAAUCUUAGUUAAUGCUUAUUUCUACAUAUACUAUAAAAAUGUUAACGUUCAACGUUGUAUACAUUAACAUUAAAGGGAUAGUUUACCCCAAACUGAAAAUUCUCUCAUUUACUCAACCUCAUCCCAUCCCAAAUGUGUAUGACUUUCUUUCAUCUGCUGAACUCGAAGGAUUUUAGAAGAAUUUCUCAGCUCUUUUGGUCCAUACAAUGCAAGUGAAUGGGUGCCAAAAUUCAUAUGCUCCAAAAAGACAAUAAAAGCAUCAUAAAAGUAUUCCAUACAACUCCAGCAGUUUAAUCCAUAUUUUCAGAAGUGAUAUGAUUGGUGUGGGUGAGAAAAAGAUCAAUAUUUAAAGAGCACCUAUUAUGGUUUUUCAAAUAUUACCUUUCAUGUAGUGUGUUAUAUAGCUGUUUGUGAAUGUAAAAAAGUCUGCAAAGUUUAAAAAAUCAAAGUGCACGAUAAAUGGAGUUAUUGACUCCCAAAAGAAAGAACCGAUUCUGAACACCUGAAACGAGUCCUUAGUAAUUCCAGACUUACUUCCUGUACUAACCUACGUAAUUUGGUAACAAAAAACCCGCCUCUGGUCUGUUUACAUGUACAGCCAGUGCACACUGUUAGCCUGUUAGCUGUUAGCCUCUGCUAACCGGCUAACUCACGUUAUUGUCAAACUACAUAUAAACUUACCACUGAGAAACAUCCUGUUCUCAUCGUGCUUGCAAUGGUGGUUCGGGUUGAUCUUCCGAUGUAACACUAUAGGACUCGGGCUCAAAUUGGUAAGGUAAAACCGAAGUGUAUAUUUUUUAUCAGACGGAGCUGAAACUCUGAUAUGGUAGUGGCAAUUUCUUUUCCUACACGCGCUGUAAGCAGUAGACCAAUCACAACAGACUGGGACAUCUGACCAGUCAGAGCAGAGUAGGCUCUCUGAAAGGAGGAGUUUAGAAUGAAUCCUUUAGAAUGGAUCAUUGAAGGAGUCGUUUUUGACACUGGAAAAAAGGGUAAUGCUGCAAUUUAAAUUGAGCAAAUUAAAGUGUUUUUUGACCUUGGAUGCAUGUAAAUCUAUUGUAUGAGACCUUUAAAACAAAAUUAGGCACGUUUAUAAAAAACAAAAUAGGUGCACUUUAAGUCAUUUUUUGCUUAAUUCUUCUCUCUGCCCAGUAGGGGGCGAUAUGCAUGAAGCCCGUGAAUCACCAAAAACACAAGAAGAAUGUGAAAGUGAUCUGUUUCUCACCCACACCUAUCAUAUCACUUCUGAAGAUAUUGAUGUAACCACUGGAGUCUUAUGGAUUACUUUUGUGCUGACUUAUGUGAUUUUUGUCUGGGCUUCAAAAUUUUGGCACCCAUUAAUUUGCAUUAUAUGGACCUACAGAGCUGAGAAAUUCACAUCUGAACACAUCUGGGAUGGCAUGAGGGUGAGUAAAUGAUGAAAGAAUUUUCAUUUUUGGGUGAACUAUUCCUUUAAUGCAUUAAGAACUAACAAUAAACAACAGUAUGUGUUAACUAAAUAAAUUAAUAUUAACCAAAAAUUAUAAAUGCUGUAAACAAUUGUGCAUUGUUAGUUCAUGCUAUCCUAAUGCAUUAAACAAUUCACCUGGGGGGCCCUGGGUAGCUCAGUGGUAAACUCGCUAGCUCGAAUCCCAGGGCGUGCUGAGUGACUCCAGCCAGGUCUCCCAAGCAACCAAAUUGGCCUGGUUUCUAGGGAGGACAGAGUAACAUGGGGUAACCUCCUCGUGAUCGCCAUAAUGUGGUUCGGUGGAGCGCAUGGUGAGUUGAGCGUGGAUGUCGCGGUCACACGCGCUAUGUCUCCGUGGCAACGCGCUCAACAAGCCACGUGAUAAGAUGCGCGGGUUGUGGGAUCUCAGACGCGGAGGCAACUGGGAUUCAUCCUCCACCACCGGAUCCCACGAGGACCCAAAAGCACACUGGGAAUUGGCCAUUCCAAAUUGGGAGUAAAAAGGGGGAAAAUCCCCCCCAAAAAAGACACAGGUCAAAUAUUAAAAUAUUAAUCGUCAUUGUUUACUCAUCCUUAUGUUGUUACAAACACAAAAGCAGAUUGUACCGUUUCAAUUACCAUCAUUCACUUUUAUUGUAUGGACAAAAUAUGUGCUGUGAAUGGUGACUGAGGCUGUCAAUCCCUAAAAUUCUGACAAGCAUCUCCUUUUGUGUUCCCUGGAAAGAAUAAAGUCAUACGGAUUUGAAACAACAUGAGGGGGAGUAAAUGAUGACCGAAUUUUCAUUUUUGGGUGAACUAUCCCUUUAAUGCAUAAUAAACUACUAAAAUAAACUAAUAAUGAACAAUAGUGUAUUUAUAAAUUAACAUUA